UUCGGAACUCUUGGCAGGGACGCGCACAAACGCGUAGACCGCUGCAUGAUGCAUGCAUACAAAAGACUGGCAGAGCCAACAGUUGAGUGAUUUGGUGAGAGGAACCGGGGGUGAAUCUCGACAGCCGCAAUCUGUACAGUCAUGGGCAAGCACGCCUCCGCAAAGGUGAACGGGGUGACCGCCCACGGAAAAGAGGAGGAGGAUGGCGGCUGGAGACUCGGCCACCAAGACGAGAAGACGGAUUAUACAAGGUGGCGUAUGAAGGAUGAUCGCGGCACACAUACCUGGCACUAUCUGGAAACAGACGAGGAGUGUGCAAAGUGGCCACAGUCCACGGCCGACAAGUAUCACCUAGGAAUGGACACGGGACUACCUGACCUUCCGCCCCCAAAGACCCCACUUGAUACAGCUUCCAAUGGCCUCUCCUUCUUCUCCCAGCAACAAUAUGAGCCGGGAAAUUGGGCCUGCGAGUAUGGCGGUCCCUUGUUUCUACUUCCAGGUCUUGUCAUUACCUGGUAUGUCACCGAAACACCGAUUCCGACUCCACAGGCCAUUGAAAUCAAGAAUUAUCUUUUCGCCCGUCAGAAUCCCAAUGAUGGCGGAUGGGGGCUACACAUCGAGGGAGAAAGCACCGUCUUUGGAACCGCCAUGAACUACACAGUACUCCGACUUCUAGGAGUCGAUGCAGAGGACCCUCGGAUAAGAAAGGCGAGAGAGACGCUGUGGAAACUAGGCGGCGCGUUGAAAGGUCCACAUUGGACCAAAUUCUGGUUGGCCGUCUUGGGCGUUGUGGAUUGGGAUAUCGUGAACCCUGUCCCGCCCGAACUCUGGCUAUUGCCCGACUGGGUGCCCAUUCAUCCCUGGCGAUGGUGGAUCCACAUGCGAAUGGUAUUCCUCCCUAUGGGUUUCAUCUAUUCGCGUCGUUGGUCGUAUCCCCUCAACGAUCUAACCCGCCAGCUACGAUCCGAGCUCCUCACACAACCGUUUUCUACAAUCACUUUCGCCAAUCAUCGCAAUGAUAUAGCUGACUGCGACAACUACCAUCCCAAAAACCCUCUUCUCAUCUUACUCUUCUGGUUUCUUGCGAAUAUCUGGUUCCCGUUCCUGCGCACCGCUUCCCUCAAGAAGAAAGCGGAAGAUCAUGCCUGGUGGCUCAUCCAAGCCGAAGACCACAACACCCAUUAUGCCAAUCUUGGUCCCGUAAAUGGUCCUAUGAAUACGGUUGUUACAUAUAUCCGGGAAGGUCCUGACUCGCACGCCUUCCGCGAACAUCUCAAAACGCUUCAAGCAUUCAUGUGGGUCAAAGAUGAAGGAAUGCUCAUGAAUGGCACGGACGGUGUUCAGGUCUGGGAUACUUCCUUCACGAUUCAAGCCUGCGAUUCUGCUGGCUUGUGCACCGAUCCUAAAUGGAAACCGAUGCUUACCAAAGCCCUUGAGUUCCUGGAGGACCAGCAGAUCGAAGAAGAGGUCCGCAAUCAACAUACUUGCUAUCGACAGCAGCGAAAGGGAGCAUGGGGAUUCAGCACGAAAAAGCAAGGAUACACCGUGAGCGACUGUACAUCUGAAGGUCUAAAGGCCGUCUUGACACUGCAAAACAAAGUCGACGGCCAUUACCCCAAGCUUAUAUCCGAAGAGCGUAUGAAGAAUGCCAUAGAUGUCCUUCUCACUAUGCAGAACACGUCCGGUGGUUGUGCCUCCUACGAACCAACCCGCGGUUCUGAACUUCUCGAAAUGCUCAAUGCCGCCGAAGUCUUUGGCCGUAUCAUGGUCGAGUACGAUUAUCCCGAAUGCACUACCGCCGUCAUAACCGCCCUUCACAUGUUUCAGAAAUACUACCCUUCUUACCGCACUGCAGAUAUUGCAGCAUUCAAGGCGCGUGCCAUUGACUACAUCCGCGCUUCGCAACGUCCUGAUGGAUCUUGGUAUGGAUCUUGGGGCAUCUGUUUCACCUACGCGGGCUUCUUCGGUAUGGAAUCGCUUGCUUGUGCAGGAGAGACGUACGCGAACUCUGAGCGUGUGCGGCGGGGUUGCCAGUUCUUCCUCGACAGGCAGAUGGAGGACGGUGGGUGGGGCGAGACAUAUAAGAGCUGCGAAACGGGCGUGUGGUCUCAGCACCCCGAAUCCCAAGUCGUGCAGACCGCAUGGGUUAUCAUUGCUCUGCUGGAGGCGGAGUACCCUGAGCAAGAGCCAAUCCGAAAAGCUAUCAAGCUCAUCAUGAGAAGGCAGAAGAGCAACGGCGAAUGGAAACAGGAAGCCAUUGAAGGAGUGUUCAAUAAGUCUUGUAUGAUCUCCUAUCCGAACUACAAGUUCAUCUUCCCCAUCAAGGCUCUGGGGAUGUACGCGAAAAGGUUCGGGAAUGAGGUUCUUCUGUAAACGUCUUCUACAUCAUACAGCAUAGAAAGGGGAGUAAAGGAGCAUAAUAGAAGAAGAAAAACUUAGGAGCAUAAUAGUCGCAUACAAUAAUUCCGUUCGCAAUACCACCACCUAAUACUAUCGACCACCUCUCUCUCCACCCAUGUACUCGUGUUUAGAGGACGCACAUCCUUGCCGAUCAUACACUACCCUGUUCCGGCACUUUCAAUGAUGACCAUAUGUAAGGUAUUUGCAUAGAUGAACGUUGGCGAACUGUACAGAUAUAAUCCUUGCCUCGCAUCAACUGCCGCCCAGAAACCCUAAUCUUUCUACGAGGCUUGCAGCUCGAAAAUGUGGGGUCGAUGAUCCUUCCUCACUCCCCGCAAUCUUGGUAUGGGUGAGAGAUGUUCAUUGCAGGCUCAAAUCGUCGCUACGAACAGUCCGAGAACGUUAUUCGGCAAAUUGUGGUUUUACCCCACUCACUUU